AUGGCGAGCGAAACGCCCAAACUGCUGUGGAAUACCGAAAAUGUCAAGGAUGUCGCCGAGUCGGUGGGCAUUGGCUCCAUGAGCGACGAGGCUCUCAAGGCUCUCACACAGGAUGUCGAAUACCGUAUCGGCCAGGUCAUCAUCGAGGCUCUGCGCCUCAUGCGCGCAGCACGACGGACGACGAUGACGGUCAAUGACGUCUCUCUGGCCCUCAAGGUCUUGGAUGCCGAGCCCUUGUAUGGCUACGACUCCACGAGACCUCUUCGGUAUGGCGAGGCAAGCUUGGGGCCCGGCCAACCGUUGUUCUACAUCGAGGACGAAGAGGUGGAUUUCGAGAAACUUAUCAAUGCACCGCUGCCUAGAGUGCCGCGAGACAUGAACUUUACUGCGCACUGGCUCGCCAUUGAGGGCGUUCAGCCUUCCAUCCCCCAGAACCCGACCUCGGCCGAAUUGCGACCACAAGACUUGUUGCCCAAGGGUCCGGGCGCUAACCCUGCGCUGUCUGCCCUUGCUGGAAAUGAUGCUGCCUCCGGCCAGCCCUCUGUUAAGCACAUUGUGAGCAAGGAGCUCAUCCUUUACUUCGACAAGAUCCAGGCUGCCAUCCUCGACGAUAACCCAGAUGAGGAAGUCAUUCGAUUGCGUCAGGCCGCACUGGGGUCUGUCAGAGACGACCCCGGCCUGCAUCAAUUAGUUCCUUACUUUAUCAACUUCAUCAUGGACAGGGUCACACAUCAGCUGGACGAUACAUUCACGUUGAAGCAGAUGAUGGAAUUGACCAACGCUUUGAUUGAGAACAAGAGCUUAUUCUUGGACCCGUAUGCCAGUUCUCUCUCUGCACCCGUGCUGACGUGCCUGAUGGCUAGGAAACUGGGCACGGAGGAGGGUCAGGAUUCUCUCAAAGAGCAGUAUGAUCUUCGACAGCUAGCAGCCUCACUGCUUGGCCGCAUUGCACGCAAAUACUCAGCCUCAAACUCGUUGCUCCGACCAAAACUUACAAGGACAUGUCUAAAAUACUUCCUGGACCCCACGAAGCCUCCUGCCGUACUGUAUGGCGCCAUCCACGGCCUGCUUGAGGCUGGAGGAAUGGAGGCAAUCCGAGUCUUGGUUUUGCGAAACCUCAAAAGUUUCGACUCUGGAAUUCUACAGCCCCUGAAAGAAAAGUCGGAGGGCUCGAUCGAAUACGAGAUGCUCGUCCAGGGGCUGGUGCAGGCCGUCGCCUCUCUCGCGCAGAAGACGGACACUACGGAUGCUGCCGACGCGCAGAUGAACGGGAUAAACGGCAACGCCCCCGCUUCGGAACUUUCUGACCUAAAUGACUUCAUUGGUCCCAUUGUCGGCGAGAAGAUUGCGUCCACUCGCAAUCACCAGCUGAUCAAGACCAUUCUCGAUGCCCGGUUUUUAGAAUAA